UCGGGUCAAAGCGAAUCACAAACAGACCUUUACCAGAAGGUGAUGAAUCCUGCUUCCUUGGACGCUAAGUACAUUAAAAUAAAGAGUAAAAUAUAUUGAGUGCUUUAGCCGGUCACUUUUUCAGAGAGUUUAAAGGUGUUUUUCUGAAGAACAAAGAAACAACCUGCUGCCAGCUCACCUUGUGAAGUCGUCUCUCUCACUCGUAAGGGAGCGCUCAGUUAGGAGAAAUAACUAACCACUUCGAUUGUACCUUAGCCCGUUAUUUAUUGAGCAGUUCUGGCUGCGCUGGCUGGCUGUCUGGCAGGUACUUUGUAUUGGAGGUGGAUUUCUUAACAUCUUCUGUUUUUGAACUUUUACACUAAAUUUAGCUACGUUUUGGGCUGAAGUUGAAUUCUAAUCCCCGAGGUUUGGAAAAAGUCACAUAAAAAAUAACAAAAUCCAGAACUUGGCAGAAAAAAGCAUCAGUCUUUUCCAUGGGAUACUAAGUCCAGUCCUUUGGGUGGAUUAUUAACUAUUGAGACAUGCAAGAGAAACAGGACAGCCCCAAAUUGAGCUGCCUGUCUCCCAUGAAAAUAACCAUCCUCACACUCUGCACCCUGGUGUUUAUAGGGGGGAUCGGCGCAGCUUCCUGGGCCAUCGUUGCUUAUUUAUUCAAGGCUGAAGAUCCAGGCUUAUAUGAUGUCCAGAUUAACUCAGCAGACUUGCGCCUGUCUGUGUUUGACCGCAGCGAGGGGAAGUGGAGGUUUGUCUGCUCUUCCAGCUCCAACGAGCUUGUUGCCGAGAUCAGCUGUGAGGAGAUGGGAUUUGUCAGAUCGCUCUCCUAUUCUGAACGCCCUAGCAGUAUGGUGGCGGAGAAUGGCUCCGCUGGAUUUUUCUGUGUCGACGAGAAGCAGCUUCAAUAUGGCAGGACGAUUCAGGAAGUCCUAUCAGCCUGUGACUGUGAGAGCGGCAGGGUUCUGAGUGUCAGCUGUCAAGACUGUGGCCGGCGCAGGCUGCCCGUGGACCGGAUCGUGGGAGGGCAGGACGCCAGCCUGGGGAAGUGGCCAUGGCAGGCCAGCCUGCGCUACGAUGGCAGCCACCUGUGCGGGGGCUCGGUCAUCUCUGACCGCUGGAUCAUCACCGCCGCCCACUGCUUCCCAGAGAGGAACAGGGUGACGAGCAGGUGGCAGGUGUUCACCGGCUCCAUCUCGCAGGCCUCCUCUGGUGUUUCCAUGCCAGUCCAGACCAUCAUCUACCACUCGGGUUACCAGCCUUUCAAAGACCCAAAUAUUGAUGACAACAGCAACGACAUCGCAGUCAUCUACCUGGCCACACCCCUGAACUUCUCAGAUUACAUUCAGCCAGUCUGCCUCCCUGCCCACAGGCAGUUCCUGGUUGAUGGGAAAGUAUGUACUGUGACAGGGUGGGGGAACACAAAGUACUAUGGUCAGCCAUCUGUUAUCCUUCAGGAAGCCAGCGUGCCGGUCAUCAGUAACAAUGUCUGCAAUGGGGAUGAGUACUAUGGGGACCAGAUUAGCAGCUCCAUGUUCUGUGCAGGCUUCGCAGACGGAGGCAUUGAUGCAUGCCAGGGUGACAGUGGCGGUCCCUUUGUCUGUGAGGACAGUAUCUCAAAGACGAGCCGAUGGCGCCUCUGCGGGGUGGUGAGCUGGGGUACUGGCUGUGCUCUUCCCCGGAAACCAGGAGUUUACACGAAGGUCAGCCAGUUCCACCAGUGGCUCUCCAAUGCCAUGCGGACGUACUCUCAGAGCAGUGGAGUGUUUAGCAUGGGAUAGCACGAUGAAACCUGUGGCCACUUCCAGUAAGAAGCUGGAGCUUCGUAUAUGACUUCAGAAUUGAAAUGAAGGAUUUACAGAGAAUCUCAGUCCUCCACGGCCAUCUCCAUGUUCAGAUCUCAUGCCUUUUAUUAAUAUUAUCACCUUUCUUUUAUUUCUAUUCAUUGUGUGUUUGAGCCAUGGUCUGUUCCAUCUUCAUUUUAUCACUGAAGCCCGGUUGCGUGACAUACCCUACUGCAUGGUCCUUUCCUUAUUUUAGAGCACAAAGGAGGAAAUAUCAGAGCUUUCUCGCUCUAUUUCUCACGUUAAGCUCCCUCACAAAGCCCGGGCCUUCAAAAACGCAUUGCUUCAGUUCAAACUUGUAGUGUUCAGGUAUUCACUAGUAUUUACCCUUUUGAGAGCCACUAUAAAGAGAACUGCUCUUCCCUCAUAAAUGUUGAAAUGUUACACUCUUGUUGUGGAAUCUUUCAAUCAAACAGUAUAACACAUAGAUAGCAUCUAUGUUGAAAUGCUGUAGAAGAAUGAAAACAGUACAUGUUUUUGGCAGGAUAUCAAACAGUUGCUGCUGUAUUGUUUUUAUUUUGUUUUCAUCUCUAGUUUCAGCAACAAUCAAUCAUUUAGGAGGUACUAAGAACAAGAUCUUAUGGUUAGUGUUUUAAUUAAGGAGGCCAUUGAUUGCAUCUGAUUGACUGAAAUGAUGCAUGUGCUUGAUAGAUAGUUUAUUCUGCAAAGGAGAUUGAACUGAAAUCAGGAGAUGUCAGGUUCCUCCACAGACUGGUAGGAUUAAUAUAAUUUAGGACAGGUGUGGGAAAGCAAGCUGAGUGGAACCAGUGAGACUUCUUUAUAGUGUUAGUUUCUGUUACUAAUUCAGCACUGAGUUUUGAAGAUUUUUCUAAUGAUUAGGGAGUUGAAUUUAAGGGCUGGGAUCAAAGUACAAUUGAACUGUGAGAUAUGUACAGGGAUAAUUGUUGAUAACAAUGGAUGUUUCUAACAUUUCCUUUCUUGAUAUCCUAUCAUGUGUGCUCUGCACAUUCUCUACAGUUGAUUUUGCUUAAACUAUUAUUUCUAAUCCCUUUCUACAGCCACAUGUGCUGUUUGUGCAAUGAGGGGACGUAUUUUAAUGAUGCACCCCCAAUGGGGCUUCAGCUGUGAUUCCCACACUUCCCAUACUUCCCCAACGUCCUUCAGAACAGCAGCUCUGGAAGUCUUCUUCAGAAGCAGCCCAGUUGAUUUGUGGUGUUUCUUCUCUUCUUGCUUCUGCUUACAAACUAUAGUAGACACUGAUACAAAUAACAUAUGGGAUAGAAAACAUAUAUUAAACAUACACAGUUAUGUAAAUGUAGAUGAUAGUAAGUAUCUCUUUUAACUUAUUAAAUAAGGUAAUUUUGAGGUUCACCAUUUUUAUUGUUAUUCUUUUUAAUAUUUACACAAUGCUAGCAGUGUUGCUUGUUUAAUUUCUGGGAUGAAUUCUGGUGCUCAUGAAAGGUUCGGGAUUGGCUACCUUGCAAGAUGCUAGCUAGCCCCCUAUCUUUCCUGUGAGAAUGUUUAAUACGGACUAGAUUGGAGGGACCAAUUAUAAGUUUUAAUACAAGUCCUAGAUAAUGGUAGCUGUGCCUCCAAACCUGUACAAUAAAAAUACGUUUUUAAUUGUUUGUAGAAAUACAAAACAAGGCGGGCAAAUUUUUUUAAAUAUAAAUAAAAAAAUCAACCUCUUACUAGAUUCUUAGUGUUCAUGGAUGACAAAAUGUGUUCCAUUUUCAAUGGUGAUCCUUUUCCUGUUUAUUUUUUAAAUGGUGGCCUCAUCUGAGAAUGAACUCCAGGCCAUCGUCUGUUUGAUGCAAUAAAUAUUAGGGCUCUUUUAUUACAGGAACACAAAUAUGAAGUGCCUUGUCUACACAACGCAACAUUGUGAGUACAAUGUUGCUUUAUGACUUGGACCAAACAAAGUUUGCUAUGCAAUUGAUUUAUUUUAAAACAAGCCCUAAUUAAAUGAUGGAAUGUUAUAAUGGAGCACAUUUUGCACAAUGGAUGUUGGGUCACUCGACCUUGUUUUUUAUUUUGUCAUGUAAAUAUUCUCGAUGCUUGAUGUUGUGGGAUGUGUCUCUGCAAGCCUCUUGUUAGAAAGUUUUAUUACACAGUGUGAUUUUAAUUGUGGACAUCAUGUACUCUCACUUAUUUUUUGUAUAUUAAAUUCAUACCAAUCGAAUUAAAUUGUAAACAUGA